CUAUACCAAAUUUCAACUUGCCAAGUUUGGAACAGCGUCAUGGCGAAAUCGCGCUGGUUCCUUGGGUUGGCUGUCGUGAUCGGGAUCCUUGGGGUGUUCUGGCCUCAGAUCGAAGAGAUCCUCUUCAAGAGCUGUCCUAUUACUUUCAUGGGCUUGCGCGAGCCAAAGCCACGGUCGGCUUCAUCAAAGCUUGAUCCGACCCACGACGUCUCGCUAGCGCAACUCCCAUUGUUCACGGUCGAGGAGCUUCAGCAAUACGACGGCUCCGACGAAUCGCGCCCGAUCUACAUGGCUGUUGGUGGCAUUGUUCUGGACGUGACGAGCGGGGGCAAGUUUUACAAGAAGGGGGCCGAGUACAACCAAUUCGCAGGCCAGGCGUGUACUCGAGCGUUGGCGUUAGCCUCACUCGAUGUCAAGGACAUCAACGACAUCACAUCCGACUUCACACCUGCUCAACAAAAGGAUCUGGAUGAAACCUUGACUUUCUACCACGGGAAAUAUCCAAAGGUUGGUGUGUUGGCGGUCAAGCGCUUUCCAGAGAACACUUAAGUAAUCUCAAUACAAUCGACAUGCAUACGUCCAUUGUGCAGCAUGCAAAACGACCUUUAUAGCUGGGUCUUAAUC